CAGUCACGAGCCGUCGCGGCACAGCUGCGUUGCUGCGUAUACUCGACAUAACCUAGAAAUGGCGGCGGUCCGUAAACUCAGCCGGUUCGCGGAAAGGGCGAAGUUUCUGAACAAAUGCUACUUCACGAGCCAGACUGGCGUCGUCCGGGAGUCGUUCUGCACGAUGGUGCAGCAGCCCCAGAGGACAUACGGAGGUCUGGCGAAGCUCGGCCUGAUCGGCGCGGCUACCGGCGCCGCGGUGGGUGCGGGUUAUGCCUACCACAGGAUCAGCGAGGCCCGGAAGAACAUCGCCAUGGAGGGGACGCAGCUGGACGCUGUGUUGCUCAAGUACAAGCCACCCGUCACUCCGUCCCGGACGGUCGCAUCCCCGGUGGACUCCACCGGUUUGAAACUCACGUUAUUCCAGUAUCAGACGUGUCCCUUCUGCUGCAAGGUUAGAGUAUUCCUGGAUUAUUACGGGAUAUCUUACGACAUUGUGGAGGUGGACCCAGUGCUCCGUAAAGAGAUUGGAUGGUCCUCGUAUAAGAAAGUUCCAAUCCUGCUGACCAAAGUGGAAGAGGGCUAUCAGCCCUUGAACGACAGUACCAUGAUAGUGUCGCUUCUCGCCUCCCAUCUGCACGAUACGUCUCACAAGAUUGAGGAUUUGGCUAAUUAUUAUCCAAGCGUGGCCAUGCACGAUGACAAUGGCAAAUUUAAAUACGAGAUUAUAAACAAGUAUUUCCUCAUGUUCAAUCAGCAGCUGCCAAAGAACAGAACGAUGAACGAUAUUACCGAGGAACGCAAUUGGAGGAAAUGGACAGACGAGGUGUUCGUCCACACUCUUUCGCCGAACGUCUACAGAACACUCGACGAGUCCUACAAGACAUUCAAUUGGUUCUCGGAAGUCGGCAGAUGGGAGGAGUACUUCCCAGCGUGGGAGCGAAUGUUAAUAGUGAACGUGGGCGCGACGGCGAUGUGGUUGAUAGGCAAGCGACUUAAGAAGAGGCACCGUCUGAAGGACGACGUGCGACAGUCGUUGUACGACGAGGCGAAUCACUGGCUGCGCGCGAUCAAGGCGCGCGGCACCACGUUCAUGGGCGGCGGCAAGCCCGACCUGUCCGAUCUCGCGAUGUACGGCAUCCUGAAGAGCAUCGAGGGCUGCAACGCCUUCCAGGACUUACUGACCCACACGAACAUCGGCGUCUGGUACAACGCCGUGAAGGAGCAGGUCGACGCACAUUCUGGUAGCGCGAAUUUGAAUAGAUAAUACAUUCGCGCGUUCGCCCCGUGUGUAUAGAAUUAUUUAUUUACAUAAUAAAUCGUACUUAUAUUAA